AAGACAGAGGAACAUAGCAACAGCCGAAAGAACAGUUGUUUGCUACACAGCGCAGACCAACUUUGCCAGGAAACUCUGUUAGAGGCCGGCAGCUCGGCUACUCGAUCAUGGACAGGAUCUUUGCUUUCUCCAUCCUCAGCUCGUCGCCGGCAGAGAUUGCUGGGGCCGGGUACGCCAUGCGUCUGUCCUGGCGGAGCGGCGGAGGGAAGCAGGCGACGGAGAAGAAGCACCAGGAGGACAAGGUCGAGCGGAGCCCACGGCCGGAGAGGAAGCGGGAGGCCAGCCCGGCACGGUUUGCGCCGGAGUUCGACGGGCUCAACUGCUUCGAGUACAUAAUAUCCUCUUGACUGGGUCGCCGGCUGUCUCCUGGAAGCUUUUCUUCUUUUUCACUUACACACCUGCUCUGUUUCGAAAAAAGAAAACCUACACAUCUGUUGCCCUGUGAGAUUUGUUGCCUACUGACGAAGAGACUUGGCAUGUACACAGCGAGAGAAUGAAUGAGCUGAUAGUUACGCACUGGUUUGUUUACUGAUGCUUGUAAGAUGGUGUUGUUUACGUUGGGAAUCGAAACCAUUAUUCACCAGGACCCACAAAAACCUUGAUACUACUUUAUUAGUACAAUAGUACAGUACUAUGCAAAGAAAAGGGAUAACUACACUAGUUGAUUGGCUCUGAGUGGCAAACAAAGUGUAAGAACGGACACGUUAGCGUCCUUGUCAACCAACGCCAAUGUUUGUUGCCCUGGAGAGGUCGUAGACAGAGUUUGUGGCACCAGCAAUAC